AUGGCUGCCUCGGAAUCAAAGCGGCUCAACCGAGGGAAGAUCUUGCGCAUGUUCUCAACGUUUUUCUCCUGCAUCCGAGGUCAAAAUAAGCUCAAACGGGAGUCUCGGGAGAUGAAAAAAAACCUUCGGAGGGACAACAAGGUGUCCCGGAACGAGAACAACGCGCUCCGAGGAGAAAACAAGUGCCUGUGGGCGGAGAACAAGGCCUGCGGAGAGAACAAAAGCUUCCGCAGGGAGAACCAGGAGAUGCGGCAGAGGAAUGAGACCCUGAUGCAGGAGAACCAGGAGCUGUGGGCGGUGAACACCGUGUUCUUCAAGACCCCCAAGACCCCGUGGGAGAAGCUCAACGUCCGGAGCACAGAAACCAAGUCUUACUGGCAACAGAACAAAGCCCUGAAAGCUCAGACCAAGGCGCUCUGGGAGCAGGAGGUGGCCUUCCGCAACGAGGCGAAAGCCCUGCAGGAGGAAAUCAGGUCCCUGCAGGAGAACAUCAAGGGCCUGCAGCACCAGGAGCGCGCCCUGCGGCUGGAGGAGCUGGCCCUGCACAAGGAAGGAGCGGCGCUGGAGCUGGAGGAGCAGGCCCUGUGGAAGGUGGAGCGGGCCCUGCGCCAGGAGAACCAGGCCCUCCGAGAGGAAAGCGAUGCCCUGCAAGAGGAGGCAAAAGCCCUCGUGGAGGAGACGCAGGGGCUGGAGCUGUGGAACAGGGUUCUCCGGGGGGAAGAGAGCAACCAUGCUCGCUGGGGAGAUGCCCACUGA